AUGGUGGACAGCUGUUGUGCUGGAGACACCACCACCCUUCCCGCUGUGCCCACUGUCUCCACAUGCCCAGCUGGUGGCAGCUUCCGAUAUGCAAUCUGUUUGCCCAGUUCCUGCCAGAGCAGGACAUGGCAGCUGGCCACAGUCCAAGAAAACUGUCAGGUGUCCAGCGGUGCCUCAAGUGGCUGUGAACCGGCUUCGUGUCAACCCACCUGCCUUCCAGCUGCCUCUUGUGUGGGUUUUAUUUGCCAACCCAUGUGCUCCCGCACAGCCUGCUGUCAAUCUGGAGCUGGUCAGCUGCCUUGUCUGGUUGGCUCACGUCAGCCAACCUGCUUAGACGCCACCGGGUGUCAGGUGAAGUGCUGUGAUACCAGUCCCUGCCAGCAAAGCUCCUGCCAGGAACCUGUCUGCACCUCUGGAUCAUGCCAGACAGCUUGUGGCCAAUCCGUCUGCUGCGAUGCUCCAUCCUGCCAGCCAUCCUGCCCUGAAGUGACCUCCUGUUCUGAAACAUCCUGCCCACCAAUCGUCUGUACAGCUAGUCCAAGCCAACCCACUAGCUGCCAAGGAGGUUCAUGUCAACUCAUCUGCGGCAAAGGCCAGACCUGUAAACCAACAUGUUACCAACCCAUCUGCUACAUUCUCAAGACUUGCCAGUCACUUCCCUGCGCACCUGCUCCCUGCCAGCCUUUGACUUAUGUGUUCAGUUCUUGUGAUCCUACCUGCUCUGUGCCCUCCUUUUGCCAGCCACUUCGCUGCCAACAAGCUCCUUUCCUAUCUUUCGUCUGCCAGCCAGUGGCUAACUGCCAGUCCUCUUGUUCUGCAUUGAACUCUUGCAAGCCAACUUCCUGUAGCACUGUGCUUUCUGGCCAACCAACUUGUGGCGACCCCACUUCCUGUAACCAAAGUGGCUGCAAAUCUUCUUCCCGCCAAUCCGCAUGCUGCGUGACAGGUGUAGGCAUACCAUCCAGUGGUGGCUCGCAUUGCUUCCAGCCAACUUCCCUGAAUCUCUGCAAGGCAAACACUCGCUUGGCAACUUCCUGCCAAUGCAGCUGUCAGUCCAGCUUCCGAAAGGGAGCACUUUGUUGA